GAGUGUGACGUGGGAUCGCAACAACACCACAGCAAUGGGCUUCCAAGACGUGGCGAGGGCGCUGGAGCACAACUUCACUCUUCAGUACAUGCCCCUCCCCCUCAGUGAUGUCACUCAGGCGCACCGCAGCAACCCGGAGAAGACGGACCAGGCCCUGACCAAGAUCCAACGUGCUCUGCUUAGGAACAACCAGACUCAGCACUUCUCCCAGAAACAAGCGCUCAGGCUGCACCAGGGCCUCGUCACCAGCACGGCAGAACAGGUGAUGGAGCGUCUGUGUGUGCGGGUGCAGCAGCAGGUGGGUGUCCUGAAAGGUUCUGAGGAGGGAGAGGAGGUCCAGACGGCCAGACAAAUCCUGAAGGAAGCCAGGGACUCCAGAGCUCUCUAUCCCUCUCUGUGUGAGUUGGCCCAUGUGUUGUCAGUGGACGGCCCCGUCAAACAGCGUCUGGACACUCUGGCUGGAGAACUGGCCAAAGCCGCGGACAAGGAGCUGCAGGUGGUGGUGGACUCCAUGGUGUUGCUGUGCCGCGAGUUGUGUCCAAUGUCCUGCUCUGCCGCAGAGAGGCUCAACCCGCCCCUCUCGUCCAUCUCAGAGCAAGUUUCCAUCCCUCGCUCCGCCAUCCGCAGCGCCCUGAUGGAGCGAGCGGCGGAGGAUAUCAACAGAGCUUUAGAGGAGGUGAAGUUGUCUGUGGUCUCCUAUCUGACCAACUCCAUUGUGGAUCAGAUUCUACAAGAGCUGUACACCACCCAUAAAACCCUGCUGCGGCAGGUGUCUCAGGCGAAGCGCUGGGAUGACAUCGGGGCGAGCCGGCGCACCGUCAGACAGUCCAGGAUAGCUGAGUCCCUGGAAUUUCCCGAUGAGGACUUUGGUGUCAACCUGGGAAUAGACACAAUGGCUAUAAAGAAGCGGAGCUCCAGAACUAGAAGAAUCCGUCCCGUCUCCACCAGACCCAGUGUUGGUGAUGAGCCCAGUCCCUCUCCCACCCCCUCUGCUACACCGCACUCCGACCCUCUUACACACUCGGCAUCAUGGGAGUGUCUCUCCACCCUCCCCACAAACGGCUCGCCCUUGCGUCACGUGACCCACGUCAGGCCCCGCCCACCGCGGAGACACAGAGCGGGGCACCCUCCCCCUGAAUCU